AUGUAUAAACUAACGAUAACAGUGUGUCUGGUUGUACUUAUCGCAAAUUUCUGCAAAAUUUCAAGUGCUAACGAUGAAACUAAACAAUAUAAUCCAAUUUUAAUGGUUCAUGAGCAACUAAAAAAGCAAGUAAGUGAAAAUCAAGACAGUCUGAGCCCCUUGGGACAUGUACUCCGAAAUGAUAAAAGUCUGGAAGGACUAAAGGAUGAUGAGGUAGACUACAGAAGUCGGAGGAGCUUAAAGUCGGCUGAGAGUCAUGAAAAUAACUUUCGCACUCGCCGGUAUGUCGAAAAUAAAGCUGCCAGUCGCCAGGCAUCGUUUGAAAAUAUUAACAGCGAAGAACUACCACACCCAGGACGUUUUUACAGGAGUUUGAAAAGUGCAGAGGAGGUAUUCAGUCAUGAAGUAGGACGUAGAAGUACGAGAAGCUUGAAAUCGGCUGAGAGUCACGAAAAUCACUUCCGCACUCGCCGAUAUAUUGAAAAAGCAGCUGCAAGUCGUCAGGCCUCGUUUGAAAAUAUCAACAGCGAAGAACUACCACGCCCAGCACGUGUUAACUGA